GACCAUCCUUUGCAUUUAAAGCAGCUUUUGCCGUAUAGGUGGGUCAGGAGAUGUUGCCACAGUUCUUCUGGAAUAGCUGACUUAAAACCACGUUUUAGCUGGGGAAAAUACUAGUGUUCUAAUAAUUUUGUAAACCACUGUAUGUUUUUAAAAUGUCUUUUAGAUCAUUGUUUUCCUAACAAAGCAAGCGGCGCCAAAUUAGGCCUACAAUUUACGCGAAAAAAUUGCAGGUCGCGCUUAUCUUAAUCUUAAUUUUACAAUUACACGUAUAUGUUUAUAUUUAUUAAUAAAUCAUACGAAGCCUAUAGUGAGUAGAGGUUACUGACGCAGAACUAAAGGGAAAUGUGUGAGUCUAUGUGAGUCAAAUUAUUUGUUAUUAGAUCAUGUGAAGUUUACCAAAACCUUCCCAAAUUGACCACUGGGCGUCACUGUGGCAUAAUUUUAGAAAAAUUAGUUUGACGUUACUUGAAGAUGGUCUCAGUUUAUUUAACGCACACAAAAACACUACUUGUUUACUCGAAAUAAUACUUUGUACAAAUAUAGCUAAUAGGUAUAAUAUGUGUUUUACCAGCGGUUUUGUUUCUGUUCUACUAUUGUUUUCUACACCAAAUGAAAACAGUUUUUAAAGCUGUUUGGAAUUAUUAAUCGAAUUUCCCCUAGUGGCCUCGUGCAGAUCAGUCCUAUUCUUCAGUCUUUGGCAGCAUAUAUGCCUGUUUGUCAUUCAUGAAAUCCAAACACAUUCAAUGCCAUUUUUUUUUUUUCUAAUUUGAGAAAACAAGAAUAAAGAAUGUAAUAAAGAAAAUUAUUUUCAAUGGAAAUCAAGUCAGCAAAAUUGUCAUCCUGCCCCCUCAUGUGUCAAUUAUAUCAGACCUUUCUGGAAAAUCACUUCUUAGAUUAUACCACCAUGUUGUCAUGGAAAAUAUCUGACUAAUCUCUAACUGUUUGGAGCCUGACGUCUCAUUUAACCUGUCCUGACACCUCCUGGAGCAGGACUAACCACAGCCCACAAGAUGGAUGGAUGAAUAAAUGAAUACAUGGAUCAGAGGAUAAAUGUGUUUCCCAUUCUCUUCCAUGUGGAUGACUCCGAACAAAAGGAGGUUCUUUCCUCUUCAUUAAGUUAAUGGAUGUACGGCUGAUGUACCUGAAUGGCAGUUGGCUCUACAGAGACAGCCCCGUGUGUUUUAGGUGGAGUUGGCAGUCCCGUUUCUAAUAAAUUACAGAUUUGUGCAAGUUCAGUGUCAGAGGAACUUCAGGAGAGGUGAUAUCAGGACUGGAAGUGAGAUUUCUCGCUGAUUCUGGAGAGUUUAGCUGUGCUGCCUUUGCCAUCCAGAUCCACAGUCACUGGAAUCAGCAAUGGCUCCUCUGAGGUCUGGAGCACAGGGACUGUCUCCUGUAACUCUGUGCUGUUUGACACUGGCUGUUUGGCUGUGUUGUGGCGCUCAUACUGAGGCUUCUGUGCUCAACCUGAAGCGUUUCAUCGGCUGUGCAGUCAGAGAAUUUACCUUUCUGGCCCGUAAGCCGGGAUGCAGUGGGCUGCACAUCACCACUGAUGCCUGCUGGGGACGCUGUGAGACCUGGGAAAAGCCAGUCCUGGACCCGCCCUUCAUCGAGACGCACCAGCGCGUGUGCACUUAUAACGAAACUCGAUUGGAGACGGUGCAGCUGCCGAACUGCUCAGCAGACGUGGACCCAUCCUACACCUACCCCGUGGCCCUGCGGUGUGACUGUGGGGUUUGUCUUACUAGCACCACUGAAUGCAUCACUUCGGUCUGAUAUGCUGGAGAAACCUGCCUCCACUUAAAACACCAGAGCAUGUGCACUGCAGGAAUAAAAUGAAUCAAAAAUCUAUGUUUCAUGUCUAUGUACAUGUAGGAGAGAUUUUACCUUCAAAUGGUGACUGUAUGUUACUUUCUCAUCUUCUUUGCUCUUUCCUCCUCCUUUUUUUCCUGAAAAGAGCAAAACUGAAUAAAA